GGCCCUGUUUGACUAUGAUCGGACUCGGGACAGCUGCCUGCCAAGCCAGGGGCUCAGCUUCUCUUAUGGUGACAUUCUUCAUGUCAUUAAUGCCUCUGAUGAUGAGUGGUGGCAGGCAAGGCUGGUGACCCCACACGGAGAAAGUGAGCAGAUCGGUGUGAUCCCCAGUAAGAAGAGGGUAGAAAAGAAAGAAAGAGCUCGAUUGAAAACUGUGAAGUUCCAUGCCAGGACGGGGAUGAUUGAGUCUAACAGGUCGAUCAAAAAGAAACGUAAAAAGAGUUUCCGCCUCUCUCGAAAGUUUCCAUUUUACAAGAGCAAAGAAAACAUGGCCCAGGAGAGCAGCAUACAGGAACAGGGAGUGACAUCCAACACCAGUGACAGCGAAAGCAGUUCCAAAGGACAAGAGGAUGCUAUUUUGUCAUAUGAACCAGUGACACGGCAAGAAAGUAAGCCCCCUCUGAGAGCCUUGUCUUUGUGCUGGUCUGGUCAUGGGGCUCAAUACAGACACCUUCCAAAGGAGGGGGCAAAUUUACAAGGAAGGUCUAUUUCAGAAGAUGUAGCCACUGCUAAAAGAGAGGUCCAGGUUCUUCCCUUCAGUGGCUGCUCUGCAAAAGCCUUGCUCAGUUACUGGU